AAAACCUUUAAAAUGACAUAUCUGGUACUCAACUAUCCCAUUUAGGAUGUGCCAUCGGCUCUUGUGCCUUUUAAGUGUGAAAACGCGAUGUAGUCAAUAUGCAUUUUCAAUGUCAUAAUUUGCUACUAAGCUCACGCGCAUUGAGAAGAAGCAACAAUGGAGUCGGUCAAUGAGGAGGUUUACAGACCCUCCAAUACAUCCGCACAAUGUUAAACGGCUGCCUCGUUCGCAGACUGCAAGCGCUCCACGUUGCCUCAUUCAUUUAACUUGCCUACUGUACACUCUGUUCAACGUAGUGAAUUCAAUACUAUGGCAAACACACUACACUACUACCAGCUCCAGCAUGCUUGGACGGAAAUGUUUUUGUAUCCACGCGCCUCAGAAAACUUCAGUGACGUUUCACAAAAGGCAGCCAAUGGGAAAUCGUCUUCUAUUAGGACAAUGAAAAGUCUCUGGCCAAUCGGAGAAGCGACAGACUGGGCGCUGCCCAAUGGCCUGUGAGCCCCACCGAGUAAUGCUAAGAGAGCUGAAGACACUGCGUAUCGCCUGUGUUCCCUCAUACACAGCCAUUGCAGAGCAUUGAGAUCCAGCGAUAGUCACUAGAUUUUGCCAUCAAGAUGGGGAAAGAUCCGACUAAACCGAGGGGGAAGAUGUCUUCCUACGCCUAUUUUGUCCAGACCUGCCGGGAGGAGCAUAAGAAGAAGCACCCAGAAGCUUCGGUGAACUUUGCCGAGUUCUCCAAGAAGUGUUCUGAGCGAUGGAAGACAAUGUCUGCCAAGGAGAAAGGCAAAUUUGAGGAUUUGGCCAGACAGGACAAGGCCCGCUAUGAGAGGGAGAUGAUGAGUUAUGUUCCAGCAAGGGGAGGCAAGAAGAAGAGGUACAAGGACCCUAAUGCCCCCAAGAGACCCCCAUCUGCUUUCUUCAUCUUUUGCUCAGAGUUCCGCCCUAAGGUGAAAGGUGAGAGCCCCGGGCUGUCAAUUGGCGAUGUCGCCAAGAAGCUGGGAGAGAUGUGGAACAGCACCGCCUCAGAGGACAAGCAGCCCUACGAGAAGAAGGCUGCCAAGCUGAAGGAGAAGUACGAGAAGGACAUCGCUGCUUACCGCGCUAAGGGCAAAACGGGCAGCAGUGCACCGGCAAAAGCUCCGGCCAAGGUAGAGAAGAAGGACGACGAUGACGAUGAUGAUGACGAAGAUGAGGAGGAGGAAGAGGAUGAUGACGACGACGAUGAUGAUGAAUAGAUAGCAAGUGGUCAUAUUCUUGUUUAUAAAGCAUUUAACCCCCUUGUACACACUUCACUUACUGAAAGAAAAUACAUUAGUAUCAAAGGGGUAAAAAAAAAAAAAGAUUAAAAAAAACAAAAAUGCCAACAAAAAGGCUGUGUAUAUCGGUUGUUUUUAUGCUGUACAGUAUUUUUUUUUUCCUCCUUUUUGUAUAGUUAACACUACACAAGUAUGGUGUCUGUAUCCUUCUGCCAGUCUUAUUUUCUUCCCAGUGGUAGUUCCUAGACCACUAUCCUGCCUGGUACAGUGUAGAGGGGUGGGCUUACAGUAUUUCCCUUAGCUAGCCGUGCACAGCACAUAAAAAACAUUGAGUUACAUUUGAGUGUUUCUUCUCUUUUUCUUUACUUGUGUGUUUUUAUUUUAAAUGACAUGUUAUCAAAAUUGACGUAUCACAGUUGUUAUACUGAUCUUUAUGUACCACUGUAAUCACAAAAAACUCAAAAAAACGCCUUGUUUAUUGUUGAAAUUUAAAUUGCUUCUGAUGUCAAUAAACAUUUUUUUUAAUAAA